AGGUGUGGUGUAGUACCUUGUUAAGUGAAACCAAAGGGAUACCGUGUCUUUCUUACAUAAAAGAAGCAAAAGUGUUAAACAAGUUUUUUAUUUCGAAAUAAAUCGGUCGCAAAAUGAUUAGAUUAUACUCCUGGAUUAUUCUAUUUCUCCCUGGCAUUUUCGCACAAGAUACGUAUCGAAAUGUUGCAUCAACGCUUCGAGAAUGUUAUGAAAAUAAAUAUCUUUUAGAGAAAGAUAAUAGAUUACCCCAUACGUUAAAUACAUUAAUUGCAAUUCUUGAAAAGAUCGAAAACACAGAAAACUUGAACAUGGAUUUACAAAGCUUGACCAUCGGAAUUAUGCACAGAUUUCGCCAAGAUGGGAUAGAAAAGAAUCCAACCGUCCUACAGCAAUCCGGUGUAUUACCAUAUAGAGCAGCUGGACAGGCUCAAAAAUAUUUGCAAAUACUUCGUUUUAUACCGGAAAAGACAAUCGCACCUUACGUACUUCCUUACGACAUAAUCAGUGAUAUUGAAAGAUGUACUCUUCAUUUCAUGCUAUCCAGCAGUAUCGAAAUCUUUGAAAGAGGUGACGAAGGGACAGUAUGUAGGUAUGCUGACAACGCGUAUAGAUAUGCGAGAAACGUAGACAACAAUCAUUCUAUUAAUACAAACUUCAAUAUUCCCGAUGAAGUAGAGACCUUAACACCUGAACAAAUUGGUGUUAUUACGAACCACAAAAAUGGGAUUACGGAAGAUACGGUUGAUCCAAAUGCAUUUUAUCCAGAAUUACCUCCGAAUCAUCCGAAAAAUGCCCGGCUUCUCGCAUUCCCGCCAAGAAGCAGAUGUCCUGUGGAAAAUGGUGUUAUAAAAACUAACUGGGGUCCAGUUUCUGCUGGGCCACUAAUCGCUGGUAUAGCUGCUGGAUUGCAACCUGAAAUAGUGGAGCUCUCAAAAGUGUUUCCCAAUGAAUCACCAGAGAGAAAAGCAAAUCUGUCAAAAUUAUUAUUGGAUAAUAGAUGGAUUGCAACCUUGGCUGGUGACUUGGCAGAAGUUACUUUAAUACAAGGUCCUACAAAUGAGAAACUUAGCGUGGGUGUAAAUGGAAAUUGGAAUUCAUCAUUUGUGCCUCGUUGGUAUUUUCUUAACUCUAAUGAAAAAUUGCAAUUUACUACAGCGGAAAUCAGAGGAGAUCUUGAUGGAUUAAUUCUCGCUAACGAAAUUGAAUCUUUAUAUUCGAAAAUACCUACUUUAAAACUAUCACAGAUUUUAAAUAUGUACUAUAGUACCCGCGGAUUGCUCAAUCCUUCAAUUAGAGCAUGUAAUCGAAAAACGUUGUUUACAACACUUACAGAAAAUUCGACAUUAAGUAUGCAGACAUAUAGUGCUUCGUUAGUCUUAGAGGAAUAUUUACAUAAGGCUACGAUGGACGAUGAUGUAACCAAAAGAUUUGCAAUGCAAGCGGCGAACGAACUAUCUCAGUAUAUUCAUUCUUCAAUGAAUAAAGAUCCAUCUUGUCAAGAUGCAGAAACAGGAAGUUUCAAUAAUGUUAUUCAAAUCGCUGUUGAUCUAACAAUUAUCAUUGAUACAACAUGGCCUUUUGAUUUGAUACAACCAAUCAUUGCAAAUAUAUUGGAUAAAAUGGAAAUAAAUCGAUACAAUAGUCAAUAUACAAUUAUUAAUGGUCAUGAUAGUAGUAUCAUAAUCAAUACUACUAACAGUAUUUUAGAUUUUGGUUAUUAUAAUAUAACAAAUUAUAAAAAUGUUAGUAGCAGUAGCUCGCCCUUCGAUCUCGCUAAAUUAUUAGAGAAAUUAAUUUCUUUACAAAAAAAGAAAUUAGACGAUGAACGUUACGGUCUUGGACAAGCAAAAUCUAAUGUAGUUUUGAUUAUUCCAUAUCAAUCAUCUGUUCCUGAUACCGACAAGGAAUACUGUAUAGAACAGAUAAAAAAAAUGCGUGAGCAAGUACCAGAUACUGUAUUACUUAUAUUGACAUAUGGAUCAAAGGACAGAUGGUCAGAUUUUGUAAGCAAUCCAAUAAGUGAUUUAUUUUCCACCACUGCUGUAGAUAAUAUACAAGGAGCUUCAACAAUUGUUGAUUUAAUUUUGAGAAUAAAGCAAGUUCCACAGCGCUUGAUCAAUACACAAUGUGGAGCCGAUUAUUCUGUUGUUGGAUCUUCCAAUUCAUUUAUCGAUUAUAUUGAACCAGCUACGAUGGUUUCUUAUAAAUUGCAUCCGAAUUAUUUCUUUUCUAGCGAUAGCGAUCAUAUUUCUACGAUAAAGAUUGAAGGCUCUGACUGGGGUAAUCUUAAAGUAUGCACAUCGCGACAUUUCAUAAAUUUUAAUGCAACAGAAGAUACAAGUGUAUCUUGUGCAUCAAUAAGUAGUGACAGUCAUACUGUUACAUUUUCGUGUAAUGAAGCUGGUUUAAUCCAUCUCUGCAAUCCAUUAUAUCUAUCAAUAACAGCCAAUUCUUCAGUCACAAAUUACCAAUGUACAGAUACAAAGAUAUGCAGAUUCCCUCACAUGAUAAAAUACACCAUUUCUUAUGAAAAUUUGGUAUGUGUAAGUAGUGCACACAUAAAUAUGCUAAGCAUUUCUGUCCUAAUCAUAAGUACCAUUUAUAUCUUUCUAUAAUACACAAUACCAAAAUAUUAUAUAAAUUAACUUUUAUAAAAAAUAAGCAAAAUUAAAGUUUUGACAUAUGUAUGUUCAACAUUAGUCAACUGCUAAAUUAAUUGUAAAUCAUAUCCAUAUGUAUUUUAUUAUUUUACACUUUUACAACAAGUUCAUGAAACAUUUUGUAAUUAUUGUAUUAUUUGUAUGUGUAUGUGUGUGUGUGUGCGCGCGCGCGCAUGUGUAUUGAUGAAAGUAAAUAUGUUAAAACAAGAAAUUAUAUAUAAAUUUGUUUAUAUAAAUAAAUCGGCAUGUAAU